AUAUUCUCCGACAAUUGUUUAGAAUUCAAUUUCGACGUUCAGUCUGUUCAACAUUUGAUUUUUGAUCUCGAAUUAGUACUACGAUUCUCGUGGGCUAUAAGAAUCACUAUUUCUUUUUUUAUGUUUUAUUUUUGAUUCAAUCUUUCAACUUCAUUCUUGUAUUGCGUUGACUUUACGGACUGUAACAUCAAAGUUAUGGCAUUAGAUUUAAAAGAAAAAGGCAAUGCUGCAUUGUCAGCUGGAAAUUAUGAACAAGCUAUUGAAUAUUAUACUGAAGCCAUUGCAAUAGAUCCCAAUAAUCAUGUACUUUUUAGUAAUCGAUCAGCUGCAUAUGCCAAGCAAGGGCAAUAUCUAAAAGCAUUAGAAGAUGCUGAAAAGACCGUGGCUAUUAAACCCGAUUGGCCUAAAGGAUACUCGAGAAAGGGAGCAGCUCUGGUAUUCUUAGGUAAGAAAAAUGAAGCAAUUGCUGCAUAUGAAGAGGGGCUGAAGUAUGAUCCUAACAACCAGCAGUUGCUUGACUGUUUAAGAGAUGUAGAAAUGUCAAGAGAGAAUCCUUUUGGACCAAGUAGUAGUUUUCCUAUGGAAGCAUUUAUGAAACUUGCUAAAGAUCCUAGAACUAAAGAUUUUAUCAAAGAUCCAAAGUUCAUGACUUUACUAAUGGAAUGUCAAAGAGAUCCUCAAAAGUUAAUAAUGCACAUGCAAGAUCCUAGAAUUUCCGCAGCAUUAAGUGUUAUUAUGGGAAUCAAUUUAAUGGGAGAUGAUGAAAAAAUGGAAACUGAACCAUCAUAUACAUCUCCUCCUGAACCGAAAAAAGAAUGCAAGAAAGAACCUUCACCUCCUCCACAAAAAAAUGAAGAUGAAGGAUUAACAGAAGAACAAAAAGAGGCAAAAAAAGAAAAGGAUUUAGGCAACGAAGAAUAUAAAAAGAAGAACUUUGAUGCAGCACUUACACAUUACAAUAAAGCUAUUGAGUUAGAACCUACAAACAUGACAUUUUACAAUAAUGUGGCUGCUGUUUAUUUUGAACAAAAGGAAUAUAAAAAAUGUAUUGAGCAAUGUGAAAAAGCAGUUGAAGUUGGUCGAGAAAAUAGAGCAGAUUUCAAAUUAAUUGCUAAAGCUUUCUCUAGAAUUGGAAAUGCUUAUAAAAAACUAGAGGAUUAUAAAAGUGCUAAAACAUAUUUUGAAAAAUCUAUGUCUGAACACAGAACUCCAGAAGUCAAGACUAUUAUUACUCAAUUAGAAAAAAAAAUAAAAGAAGAUGAACGUAAAGCAUAUGUUGAUCCAGUAAAAGCUGAAGAAGCUAAAGAAAAAGGAAAUGAAUUUUUCAAUAAAGGUCAGUUUGCUGAUGCUGUUAAAUAUUAUAGUGAAGCCAUUAUGCGUAAUCCUGAUGAGCCUAAAUAUUACAGCAAUCGGGCUGCAUGUUAUACCAAAUUAGCAGCUUUUGAUUUGGGGUUGAAAGACUGUGAAACAUGUGUUCAGUUGGAUCCUAAAUUUUUGAAAGGAUGGAUAAGAAAAGGUAAGAUCUUACAGGGUAUGCAGCAAUCUUCUAAAGCAUUAUCAGCUUAUCAAAAAGCUUUGGAAAUCGAUGCAUCUAAUACUGAAGCCUUAGAAGGUUAUCGAGCCUGUUCUAUAGCAGCCAAUUCAGACCCUGAAGAAAUGCGUAAGCGUGCAAUGGCUGAUCCUGAAGUUCAAGAUAUUAUUAGAGAUCCUGCAAUGCGUUUAAUUCUUGAACAAAUGCAGAAUGAUCCUAAAGCUUUGAGCGAUCAUUUGAAAAAUCCAGAAAUUGCUAGUAAAAUCCAAAAAUUGAUAGAAUCUGGUUUAAUCGCUAUUCGUUGAAUUUGAUGAUGGAGAAUGGUCACAGUUGUUCCACAUUUUAAAAGCAUCUUACGCUACUUUCAAUGCUUUUUUUUUAUAAUUGUAUAUUAUUUUUUUUUCCAAUAUAAAAUUAGACAUGAAAAUAAUUAAACU